GGGGCCCGGACCCAGCGCCAUCGCAACCUCUGCUCAGCGGCGCGGACCUGAAAUGACAGAGUUGUUAUUGUUCAUUUGUCAGUGCCCGGUGUUCUUUGAACUCCGGCAGCUGCAGCCUGGGCGAGGCACGCAAGAAGGGUGGCUCAGAUGGGACUCGGGGUCAUUCCUUCCGACCUGAGGGGUCUGGACAGGUUAGGGGCUCCCUGAGAGCCGGGAGGUCCGAGCUGCCUCCGGAUCCCUCCCUCCGUGUGACACCUGGGGCGAGCUCUUCCCUAACUAGAGUUUGCUUUCUUCCCCAAAGAGGAAGUCCUCUGAUGAACACAGACAGACAUUAAAGUUCUAACCAACACGGUUAAUUUGGGUCAUACACAACCAAAUGAAUGGGAGCAAUUGGUCUUGGCAAAUCCAGAAAUACAGGUUGAGGAGCUAAUCUAGACGGGAAUUGUGGUGAGCUAAGUUAAAAGAAGUUUUUAGCUGUAUCUCAAACUCCUCCUCCGAAACCACCACUUCCUAUUAAGAAGUGCAAAAUGGAAUAAACUGCUUGUGACAUAUGAGGAUAAUUUACUAAAACAUCAAGCUAUGCAGAAGAACUUGAAGAGGAACAAUAAUUCAAGAGUUUCUGACAUAGGAUUGAACUCUUUGGAUGCUGAGAAGGAAAACAAAGAGUAUCAAAAUAAGUUUUUUGAACAGCUACCUGACGAACUUUACGUACAAAUUUUCAGUCAGCUGGACAUGCGGAGUUUGUGCAGGGCGUCAAUGACAUGCAAGAGGUGGAAUUCCGCAGUAAGCAACAAUGACUCCUUAUGGGAGCCUCAUUGCUUAGCUGUGAGAGUUGUGUGCAAAAGAGAAAUAGAUGACGAUCGAAAAAGUGGUUUUUCCUGGAGGGACACACUACUGAGGAAUUACCAGAAGAGUAAAGUGAAACUUGAAUGGCUUACCGGAAGAUACAGCAACAUAUGUUCUCCUGGUAGCCUACCAGAAAAAAUCAUGUACCCGAUGGAUGCAGAAACAUGGGGGGAAAUUCUAGAAGCAGAACUGAAAAGAUAUGCAGAAAAAUCACAAGCAGAUCUCAUAACUUUGAGAGUUUAAAACUAAAAUGACUCUGAGAUUGCAAAAGAUAUAGCUUUAUCUAUUGAUUGUUUUGUUCACCUUUUUAAAUAUUUAACAUUUAAAAGAAAACUAAGUAGAAAAUAUUAUAAAAGUAAAGUCUGUUUUUACUUGACACUUUAGAAAAAAAUAUUUUUCUGGUUUUACUGUAAUGUGAAAAAAUCAUGAAAUAUUAUUUAUAUAAGAAAUACAAUGCUAAUAGAGUAAUUACAAAAUGUAUUAUUUCAUGUAUAUGUCUUAAUAUAUUGUGGUGCUUUAAUAAUAAGAGAGUUUGAUUGGUAUUUUCUGCUUAAUGAUAAUUCAAAAAUUCUGGAACCCAUUUGAAGAAAUUGACUUAGAGAUUCUUUAAGUGGUAGGUAUAACUAGGCUCCUGGGGGGACUUAUUUAAAUGAAAUUAAUAACAAUAUGUUUAAAUGUAUAAUAAAUUUGUAUUUCAAAAACUAAAAUUUCCAUUUCAGUGGAAUUAGAUGGAAUUGUCAAACAUUGAAACCAUUUUAAAAUGUGCUAAAUUUGUG